AUGACUGAACCCCUCGAAUCAAUCGAUGGCGGAAAACCCUGGUAUUACUGCCCUGACCCUAUGGUCCUUGGCGAAGCCCCAAUAUAUCGAGCCAGUGACUCAACUCUACACUGGGUGGACUGUCUCUCGGAGCCCUCAAGACUAUACAUCCUCAAGGUAGACCCCCACACUGGCGAUGCCAUUGGAGAUGCUCGUGUGCUUCCUCUUGACGAUAGCGUGACGGUGGCAUUCUUCUGCAAAGACCGACCUGGCAGUUACAUCGCCGCGUACUAUCAAGGUGUAUGUUUCCUAGAUGAGGCCACGGGCAAGUUCGAGGUCGUGAAGGAAAUAAUCCCCACAGACCAGCGAGAUGAGCUCCGCUUCAAUGAUGGUGGCAUUGACGCACAUGGCCGGUUCUGGCUGGCUGAGAUCGAUAAGCGGGCAAUGGCAUUCGGGCCCAACCAACUUCCAGACUCCUAUGGAACACCCAAAGGCCGACUAUGGAGAUAUGAUCCGGAUGGCAGCUUACAUCUGAUGAUUCCCGAGGGGGUGGUUUGCGGGAAUGGGCUUGCAUGGAGCCCAGACAACACGAUUAUGUACUUCAAUGACUCGGUCGCAAUGAUGGUGUUUGCAUUUGACUUUGACUUGGAGACAGGCAACAUCUCAAACAAGCGACUUCUUAUUGACAGGCGAUCGUCUUAUGGAGAGCCGGAUGGUAUGGUGGUCGACACUGAGGGGAAUCUCUGGAUAGCUGUGUUUGCAUCUCAUCGAAUUAUGGUCUUUAGUCCCGAAGGAAAACAUUUGAAAGAUGUUGUGGUGACGGCCAAGAACCCGGCCUGCACCACAUGGGGCGGAGUGAACCAUGAUAUUAUCUUCAUGGCAAGUGGAAAGGAUCGUACUCCCAAUCCAGAUCCCAACGAUGAGGGCGGCCAUAUGUUCAAAUAUCAUCCUCAGCACGCCAAAGGGUAUGCGAAGUUUGAGUUCGCAGGAUAG